AUGUCGCGCGCUGGUUCUGCAAGCAUCAACUUGGACGACAUCUUCGGAGCUGUCACUACUUCCCCAGCCUACGUUAAUGUUCCGGCUGAGGCGAAUGUAGGGUUGGAAAGGCUUUUCAUGGUGACAGUAUUAAUUUUAGCACGAGGUGCCGCCGGAGCCUAGAAGCCGUGUGACAACCGCAGCUUCGUAUGCAACAGAAUCUUCCAAAGCCUCCACAGUGAAAGAAGUGCCGGUUAGCUCAAAAAAACCGCGAGAAAUGAUGUUAAUUUUCGAAUGCAAGUUCAGGUUGCGGUGACUGCUGUCUCACACGCAGCAGCUCAUUAUGAUGAGCCACCUAGUCACAGGAAUAGCAUUUCUCACAAGAACACUGUUGGAGCUGAUUCUCUUCUUGAUCAUGUGAGUUCCAAAAAAAUCGGUCGAAUAGGUUUGCUAUUUAUAUGAGAACUUCUGAUUCGUAAUCAGGCUUUUUUUUGGAUCCCAAAAAUUUCAUGAGAAAAAUGUCAGUGCAAGCUAGAAAACAUUUAAAAAAAUUUUAGGUUUUCGCUGCCGUGACUCUACCUCCUGUGGAACUAGGAAGCCGGCCACAGUCUUACCAACAACGUCACCAGGAGGUCGACUACGCCAUCCGCCAUCUGGACGACGCUCUCGACGGAGAAGACAGCGCCGUCGAGUCGGAGUCGCUGGUCAGCGAGCCCGCCUACAAGGCGCCGUCCUCCCACGUCUCCUCGCGUCACUCGGCGAUUCCUCAAAACCACAGCAGCUACUACUCGUCCAGCGUCGUUUCCAACCAGAACGGCAGCUCGCAUGUAAGCCGCGUUAUCAGUAGCUCUUUAAAAAAAUGGCCUUGUUUAGAGAGUUGCUAGCCGGGUUGCUGAUGAGCUCGUGAAGCUCAUCUUCAACGAGUUGUUUGUUAGACAUUAUGACGAAUAUGUACGCUUUUCCACGUUACUUUCAUUUUGCAUGUUUCUGGGGAAAAGGGCGCAUGGUUUUUUGUUUGCUUUCCUACGUCAUUUUGAAAACAAUAAAUUAUGUCCGUUUUUGCAUUGCGUACUCUAUAAAACUCGUUAUUAAAAAUAUCAAACUGGGAAAGGUAGUGUCCACAGUAAAUGAAUUAAUUUGAAAUCUAGAAAAGUUUUCUUACCAUUUUAUUAAGUUUGAAUUUCACGUUUUCGAACAUGAAAAUCAAAAUAAGUAAAAUCCUUUUCAAAUCGAAAGGAGGUUAUUAAAGUGCUAGAUAGCCUUCUGUAAAUUUAUUUCUUCCCCAUUUGCACGUUUUUCCCUUCAGAUAAGGCACAUUUCAAUCCUACUUUUCUAGCUAUCGAAAUCUCCAAGCGAAUCAUGUUCUUCUGACAAUCAGUUAUUUCAGUACAAUCCGCCAGGCCGUGAGGACCCACUUCCGGACUACGACGACAACGAAUUGUAUGACAAGUUUGAAAGCAACAAAAACUAUCCUCCAUCGAAAGCAGGUAAAAUUUCAUAUAAUCAGCCAAAAAAGCUUUAAUUAUAUGUUACAAUCCAAAAAAAAAUUAGAAAAAAUGUGUACACUUUUCGACAAACUUCCAUCCAUCAGAAAAAGCUUCUACCAAUUUUCUCGGAACUAUAUUUACGGGCUUUGAAAACUGACUCAGCAGCGCCUCCCAUGACGCAUGCUCCAUAUACUGCAAAAAAACUAACACCAGCAAAACAUUCCAGGACAAUUCCGAGGGCGUACCAACACUCUUGAUAGCUCCGUUUCAUUCGCAGAAUCGCGAGUUGGUGGCUUCGACGUUCACGACGAGCACGAUCAAUACACGGUUAGUUGAUGAAAUUGAUCAGUAAAAAAUAUCCGUCAUUUUAGGGAUCUGAUAUUAAUCUGAGCCACAACGAGGUCGCCUACGACCGUCCUCAGCCAAAAUCUGUGAGUUCCCAAAUAUAAAUCAAAAAAUAAACCCAAUCUGAAGGCUGCCAGCAGCUUGGUCUCUCAAAAUUCGCGUUCGACGGUUCACACUGGAGGAACCUACAAACUAUCGCAACUCAACCGAGAACUCGAAGAGGCUCGUUACCGUCAGCACGACCUUUCUCAUAAGGUUUUCUUGUUUUAUUUAAGAAAUAUAAACCCGAAAUUUAGAGAAUGAAAAUGAAAAAUCUUUCAUGUUUUCUGUAGUAAUGAUGUGCCGUUGAAAAAUGCUGAAAUAAACAUAUUUCUGGGCGUAUUUGAAAAUGGGAAAACUUGAACCUUAUGAUAAGCUCUCCGGACAUCUUUGCACUUCUUAUCAUAAUGCAAAACUGAUAACGGGUAAAAAACCUCGCAAAUUCAGGUAGAAAGAGAACAGGCCGAAAUCGACCGGCUCCGUCAACAAAAUUUGGCCAAAGAAGCAGCUUUCAAGGUAUAACUUCGGGAAUCCAUAGAACUACAUAAACCUUUUUUUUCAAGGUUCACCGCAUCGGAAUGAACGGCCAGCAGCCGAAUUUCGCUCAAAACUACCAAAAAAAUCAACUUCCUCGUCAACACAGCGUGGGAAGCGGUGUGAGCUACCACGGUCCGGCUACCAUUUCUUCGCGAUCAACUAGUGAGUUUUCAGUUAGCCUUCAUCUAGAAUCGACUUCACGUCCAAAAAAAUUCAUAUUUUCGUUCAGAGAGCGUUGAUUCGAGCAUCUAUGAAGAAGAACCGGCGCGCACAAGCCCAAUCGCUGCCCGCCAAAAGGCAGCUGGAGAAUUUGUGAGAGCUGUAAAAUGAAAAUGAUAACUUUAAUGUGUACAGGUUGCACGAGUCGGUAAAUUCGAGCUGAUCGUUCCUCAGUUCCGUAUUGUUGGCAAUUUUUCGAAGAACAAUCGCAUCAACAAGGUCAUUGUCGGUGGAGACGCGGCUGCAACGGAUGAUGACAAGGUUGGGUCUUCCCAAUCCAGCUAAAAAUCUUAAAAAGAAUAUCAUUAUAAUUAUGAUACGUUCCAUCAAUUCAAAUGAUUCAGCUGCAUAGAAAUGUAUCCAUUUUGAUGAAUGAUGCUUGACAAUUUUUCCCUGAUUCGAACUUUCGGAAACUGAGCUGACAGUGAAUAUAUGUUCAGACCAUUCUUCUCUUCGGCCCAGUCGGAUCAGGAAAAACUUCUGUCAUCAACAGCUGUCUCAACUAUUUGUACGACGUUAAAAAAGAAAACGAGUUCCGGUGAGAAAAAAAGUCUUCCAAACUCAGCAAGGCCAAAUUCUGCAGCUUUGUACUCGAUGAGGAAGUUCAUCACACUACUGGACUCACGGCUUACGUGUUCAACAACACUGUGCUGCAAUACAACGUAACUAUUGUGGACACUCCUGGGGUUGUCAACAAGGAGGGAAAUCGUACAGUUUCGACCCUUAUCAAGCAAUGGUUCGAACAGGUUUGAUCUCCUUUUCUUGAAACAUGAAAUCCCCGAAAGAUCGAAAAUCAAGCUUUUCGAGGAACUUUUACAAAAGGAAUUAUUUUAGGAGUUGCUGCAAGCUCACGCCUUCCGUAUGGAUGCCAUUUCAAUUGUGCUCAACCAUGAUGAAAAAUCUCUUGACUGGCCUUUUAUUUACGAACUGGCGGCAGUGAAAAAAAUGUUCGGCGAUGAUCUCAAGACAAAUGUUCUUCCCAUCAUCACGAACUCUGAAGUCAGUUCUUUCAAGUGUCCUUUAGAACUCUCUUUUAUGCUCCGACUGGCCUAAAAAGCUGAAAUUUUUGCUCCGACUGACCUAAAAAGCCGUUUGCAGGUCUUACCUCAGCCGCGUGCCAUCACUUCCUUGGCCAGAGCAAACAUUGCUUUCUUGGAGUAUUACAAGGUAUUCGAAUAAUAUAACCUGUUGAAAACUUUGAAUUUAGGUGAAUAACUUGGGUUUCAUGCCGGAAGCUAAAGGAAUUUCAAAACUCCAACACAAUUUAUUCUUCACUCACGGCAUUGCGUCUCUGGAAGCCCUGUUCCAGGUAGAGCCACAAUAAUCUGAAAAACCGCUAAUAAUUAUGAACUGAAGGAUCUCCAAGAGCUUGUCCACCCGUUGGUUGCCAUCCUCCGUCACUCCCAAGGCAAGAAGGUCGAACCUGCUCCAGUCCUCAGCCAUGCUACUCUCUAUUAA